UAUUAUUCAUUUAUUUUCUCCCCCCUUUUCAUGGCGGUGGGCGGUGUCAUCUGCGCCCUACGGUGAGAUUUGGGCCCGAAUCGAUCUGCCAGUGCUUCGGUGGCCGCUGUUGCGAUCGCUUGUAUCCUCCGUCUUGGUAGCAGCUGAGUUGUCCCGACUCGGGUCGGUGCUUUUAGGAUCAAGCGUAAGAUGAGCAAGGGCCGGUCUCCGGAGCCCAUAGAUUUCUUCAUCUGGACGGUAGAGGAUGUUGGAUUAUGGCUUGAAGAGAUAAAUCUUGGUAGCUACCGACAAGUUUUUGAAGAAAACGGAGUAAAUGGUGAAUACUUAGAAAGUUUAUCCAUGUUUACUACAGAGCAAAUUCUCCGAUUUAUCAGGCGCUGCCACAUGAAGUGGGGCGACUUUAUAACUCUAUGCAAGGAGUUAAGGCGCAUAAAAGUUGCAUGCCUAAGAGGGGAACAAGAAGUGCGCAAGCCAUGGUGGGCGCCGCCUUGCUUGUCGAUGGUAUUUGUAAAGAUGGCCAAGCGCAAUCGGCAAUCCCGGGUCGUCUCUUUGAAGCUAGAGCCCUGAGUUCCAACCACAACUGGCCAUCACAACCCCGCGACUUCCCUAGCUCGUUCACCAUCAGUUACUCGUUUCAAAUCCGCACAGCGUUUGCUACGAGCUGUGCGCUAUGAACUUUUACUUUAAGGCCUGCUACACAGACUUCGAACUCCAACUCGCUGUUUUCUGUUAAUUUAUUUUCUGUAAAUAAUGUUUAGAAAUUACUCACAGCUGCAUGACCAAAAUGUCCCAACAAGUUCAUUCUCCUUCGAGUAUGAAACAUGGAACCCUUGUCUUUUGCCAAGCUUGCUUAUCGACCAAUGUGUAUGGUAGUGUUAUAAAUAUUAUUCAUAUUGCACAUCAGUAUGGUAGUGUUGGGAUUUAUGUCUA